AUUCGUUUCGUUGGGACGUUUUUCGUUUUUGUUUCCAACGCUCCCAUAAUUCCCGCUUCGUUGUUGCGCUGUCAACGAACAUUGAAGCGAAGGACUUGUCAAGUCAACAAAUGACAAAGAAAAUGAGACCGACCGAAGUGAAAUUAAGCAAUCCUCCUGAAGAUUGGAUAUCAACAGUCAGAUUCGGGCCAAAGUCGAAUCAAUAUUUAAUUGCUUCUUCGUGGGACGGUACCGUUCGAUUCUACGAUGUAAAUGCCGUCAGACAAGUAAUUAAGUUUGUGCAGGAUUCUCCGGUCUUGGACGCAACAUUUAUGGAUGUAGUGCAUGUAGUCAGCGGCUCAUUGGAUAAUCAACUGCGACUAUACGAUGUAAAUACACACACCGAGAAUAUAGUGGGAAGCCAUGAAGAACCUAUAAGGUGCGUUGAGUACGCCGAGUCGGUUAAUGGCAUUUUAACAGGGAGUUGGGAUAAAACCCUUAAAUUGUGGGACAUGCGUGAAAAACGCUGUGUUGGCACCUACGAACAGUGCAAUGGAAAAGUAUACUCAAUGUCUGUCAAUGACGAGAAAAUUGUAGUGGCUACAUCUGAACGAAAAGUGUUAAUUUGGGAUUUGCGCAAAAUGGAAGAAUACAUGAUGAAAAGGGAGUCAUCUCUCAAGUACCAGACCCGAUGCAUUCGCCUCUUUCCCAAUAAAGAAGGUUAUGUCAUGUCCUCAAUUGAGGGUCGAGUGGCUGUGGAAUACUUGGAUCCUGAUCUUGAAGUACAAAAACGCAAAUUUGCCUUUAAAUGUCAUCGCAAUAAACAGGAUGCCGUUGAGCGCAUAUAUCCAGUAAAUGCGAUAAGUUUUCACAAUGUUUAUAAUACUUUCGCAACUGGCGGAUCCGAUGGAUUUGUUAAUAUUUGGGAUGGCUUUAAUAAGAAACGUCUCUGUCAAUUUCAUGAAUACGAUACUUCCAUAUCAUCUCUAAAUUUCAGUCAUGAUGGCAGUACAUUGGCUAUCGCGUGUUCCUAUAUGGAUGAAUUGGAAGUGCCACCGACCAACGUUCCGAACCCCGCUAUAUAUGUGCGAUAUGUGACAGAUCAAGAGACGAAGCAGAAGUAAAAAUAUUUCAUAAUUAUUAUAUUAAGUUUUCAUUAAAUCGUGGACGUUACAAAAUAUGUUCAAA